CCAAGUUGCACAGCGAGAUCACAACUGAAGGGCUGAGCGAGAUUCAAUUGCUCGGAACAUUAUCAACAAAAUUCACACUCCAGGAUUCUAAAACCUUUCCUGCAGUGUAACGUAUGUGACAACAUUUUGGCGUAAAUUUGUUGACGUGCAGUUCACUAAGUGAAACACGAGACGGAUUUUACCACCUGAAACUGGCCAGAGGACAAAAUGACGGAGGAGCACGACAAGUCUAUCACAGACCCACCUUGCAGUCCGACAGGUACGUCCAGUUCAAUGUCUCAAGACGAGUCGGACUCGGAUGCCCCGUCUUCACCGGCCGGAUCGGACGGGCAUGGAUCGCUGAACUCUGGUCUUUGUAAAAAACUAGAUGAUGAUGAUGACAGGUUCCCAGCAUGUAUCAGAGAUGCAGUAUCGCAAGUACUUAAGGGAUACGACUGGUCACUUGUACCGAUGCCGGUGAGGGGUAACGGUACGCUCAAAACCAAGCCUCACGUCAAACGGCCAAUGAAUGCUUUUAUGGUGUGGGCACAAGCAGCACGAAGAAAGCUUGCAGAUCAGUAUCCACAUCUGCACAACGCUGAACUCAGCAAAACUCUGGGGAAGCUGUGGCGCUUGUUAUCAGAGAAUGAAAAGAGACCAUUUGUAGAGGAAGCAGAGAGACUGCGGGUCCAGCACAAGAAAGAUCACCCCGAUUACAAGUACCAGCCAAGACGUCGGAAGAGUGUGAAGCCAGGGCAAAGUGACUCCGACUCUGGGGCUGAGUUGAGCCAUCAGAUGUACAAAACUGAGCCAGGAAUGGGCAACCUGGCUGGGUUAGCUGAUCAUCACCACCUUGACCAUUCAGGUCAGCCACAUGGGCCACCUACACCACCAACAACCCCAAAAACCGACCUCCAUCAUGGACCGAAGCAAGACCUGAAGCACGAAGGUAGGCGACUCCUGGAUGCAGGGCGCCAGAACAUCGACUUCAGCAACGUGGACAUCUCCGAGCUCAGCACGGAUGUCAUCGGCAACAUGGAGGCCUUUGAUGUGCAUGAGUUUGACCAGUAUCUUCCAGUGAACGGGCACGCUGGAGCAGCAGCCCCUUCCAUACCCUCGGAGCCUGGCCAUGGGCCCAACCCCAACGCUUACACUGUGUCUUACAGCCAUGCCGGCGCUGGCUGGAGCCGCAAAGGGGCCAUAGCCUCUGCCACCUCCUCCUCCUCUCCCGCUGGUGCAGGAGACGUGGCCCAGCAAAGGCCUCACAUCAAAACGGAACAGCUGAGCCCCAGCCACUACAGUGAGCACUCACAUGGGUCACCAUCGCACCCCGAUUACAGCUCAUACGGCACCCAGAGCUGCGCUGCCUCUUUCCCCAGCUCCCAGUGUGACUAUGCGGACCUGCAGACCACCAACUACUACAGCCCAUAUUCUGGCUACACCUCCAGCCUCUACCAGUACCCCUAUUUCCACUCCUCACGGAGGGCUUACGGGGGCCCUAUCCUCAACAGCCUGUCCAUUCCCCCAUCUCAUAGCCCCACUGCAAACUGGGACUCGCCAGUUUAUACCACCCUGUCAAGGCCUUGAAUGCUUCUCCCUCUGUAAACUUUGUCCAUACUCUGGAUGCACUUAUGAAGGAAUAGAGGUAGCUGAGAAAAUUGUGGGGACAUUUGCCCAGCUAUGAGAAGAAAAAGACGAAAAAAGUGCCUGCUGAUUUUGUACAAUUGAUCAUAACUCCCCCAACACACACCCACACACACACACACAGCCAUGAACAUGAUGUAUUGGUGCCUGCACAGCAUGUGGAAAUCCUUGGUGAGGACCACCUGUCACUGGUCCUCUCCCUGCAUACAGGCCUGCACUCCUAUGGUUCAACUUCUCUUUUUUAGUGACUAUGUAUAUGCCCUCAGUUGUGUUGGAGUGAAGUACACAAGCAAGCCAAAUCCUUUUACAAGGCAGAUGGAGAAACAAAUACACGUGCACUGGGACCAAUUAUUUUAAAAAUAUGAAGCAGCAAUGUUUGCUACAGAGUCAGCUGUAAAACCUCUCACCAUCAAUUGGUCACUCACUUCUUAAUUUUAAUCAGAAAUGUUUUCUUUUUGCUUAGAGAUAUUCCCUAUGUAUUUAUGUUAAUUGUGAUAUCAUUUUUUGUGUGUUUCAGUUGUAUAGAUGUAAAAAGCUUUUGGGGGUUGUGAAUUGGUGGGGAUGAUAAACUAGUACAGACAAAUAUUGAAUUUUGUGCUGAUUUCACAUCAUUUGUAUUAUUACAACGCAUUCCUGGAAAGAAAAUAAAACCACAAUGUUCAUUCCAUGUUAUUCAGAAAAAUCAACAGAUUCAGACCAAUGUAAUACCACGUGAUAGAACAGGUGCCUGCAUGCUUAUCGAAUUGCAAUUAGUCAUGAUGUUAUGGUAAAGGAAAUGUGGAAAGAUAACACCGAAACACAGUGAGUGACGCGUCAGCUGUACGGUGGGGUUGGGUGAUAUGGGGCAUCGCGACUCGCACAGGUUGGCCAUUCCCGCGUUGCUCACGAACGAGCUGACGUAGCACUUAAAAAACAUACCCGGAAUUCUAAUCUGUUCACUGAAGAUAAAUUGAAUAAUUAUUUGCCACAUAUUGACACAAACAGUAUAGAAAUACGUGCAAGUACGUGCUGCCUUUGCGUGAUUUUGAUUGCCUCAGUCUUGCGUGAGCUUAACGCAAUUCUUUUUCCCGUUCAUUUUAAACCUGUUGCUUCAGAAAUGUCCUACCGGCUUCUUAUUUGAUGCCAUUUAAAUUCAUAUCAUAUUUUUAAAAACAUGUUGAUUGCUUUCAGCUGUGAAAAUCAAACAUUGUUCUCUGUACACUUUCCCUGUUGUUCCAUUUAAAAAAUACCCGGCUAUGAGGUUUUUGGUUUUGUUUUGUUUGUUUGUUUGUUUUUUGUGUGUUUGUGUGUGUUUGGGUGUGUGUGUGUGUGUGUGUGUGUGUGUGUGUGUGUGUGUUAACAAGUGCAUUUUUACAAGAAGCUAACCUUAAUUGCUGGCCAUAUCUGUGAAAAAUAAUAAACCUUUUUUCGUCUUGAA